GCUCCUUCCUCUUGUCACACAUCUCUGUUUGCCAGUAUGUCAGAGCCGUGCCGCCCGGUCUUUUGAGGACAGUGGAGCUAGCGUGUGAAGAGUCAAGGACGCUGAAGUCCUCAGCAGCUGAGCGAAGUUUAGUCGACGGGGUUUAUUUUUGAGAUAUGAGUCAGCGUAACACAAUAUUCAAGCUUACCAGCUAGUGGUGUGUGAUCUGGAGGGAGGGCUCAGGACAGCAGAGAAUAUGGAGUUGUCAGAUGGUUUAUUGCUGCAGGUCAACAACGGAGAGCAGUGGUGUAACCGCUGGAAACAUCCCAAUGAUGACUCGGACCGCAGCACCAGCCCCUCAGUCCUCCGCUGCGUUGCCAGUUCAUGGAAGGAAGGCCUGCUGAAUAGAAAGAGGCCCUUUGUGGGCCGUUGCUGUCACUCCUGUACACCACAGAGCUGGGAGAGGCUGUUCAACCCCAGUAUUCCAGCUCUGGGACUGCGCAAUGUCAUCUACAUCAACGAGACCCACACGAGACAGCGAGGCUGGUUGGCGCGCAGGCUGAGUUAUGUGCUGUUUGUUAUGGAGAGAGGUGUCCACAAGGACAUGUUCCCCAGGAAUGUGGUGGACAAUGUGCUCAACAACAGCAGGGUGGAGACUGCUAUUGUGAAGGUGGCCACAGAUUUGGAUGCUCCAGCCAGCCAGCCUGGCCAGGAGCACAAAGCUGUCAGCAAAGUGAAACAGAAAGCCAGGGCCUUCCUCCAGGAGAUGGUGGCCAACAUUUCACCAGCCUUCAUCAGGCUGACAGGGUGGGUCCUCCUGAGGCUUUUUAAUGGUUUCUUCUGGAGCAUCCAGAUCCACAAAGGUCAGCUGGAGAUGGUCAAGAAAGCUGCGACAGAGCAAAAUGUGCCCAUGGUCUUCCUCCCUGUCCACAAAUCCCACAUUGACUACCUGCUCAUCACCUUGAUCCUGUUCUGUCACAACAUCAAAGCCCCACACAUCGCCGCUGGAAACAACCUAAGCAUCCCCAUCCUCAGUACUCUGAUCCGUAAACUGGGAGGAUUCUUCAUACGACGGAGAAUGGAGGAGACAGGGGAUGGGAAGAAAGACAUUUUGUACAGAUCGCUCUUACAUGCAUACACAGAGGAGUUGUUGCGUCAGCACCAGUUUUUGGAGGUCUACCUAGAGGGUACACGCUCCCGCAGCGGUAAGCCAUCUCCAGCGCGUGCAGGCAUGCUGUCCAUCGUAGUAGACACGUUGUGGACUGGGUCCAUCGCAGACGUGCUGGUGGUGCCAGUUGGCAUCUCCUACGACAGAAUUAUUGAGGGCAACUACAACAGUGAGCAGCUGGGCAAGCCCAAGAAGAAUGAGAGUUUGUGGGGAAUAGCAUGUGGAGUGUUCAGGAUGCUGAGGAAGAACUAUGGGUGUGUCCGAGUUGACUUCAACCAACCCUUCUCCCUGAAGGAGUACCUGAGCUCCCAGAGAAGCCGCCAUAUUCCGCCACCAGAGUCCCUAGAACAUACCUUGAUGCCCACCAUUAUUUCUGCUCAACCUGAUGCUCAGCUGUUCGACAGGCAGGAGGAGGAGCAGAUGAACAGAGAGCUGCCCGAUGACAUCUUCAGACGACAACUUAUUAACAACCUGGCCAAACACGUCCUCUUCACGGCUAAUAAGUCAUCAGCGAUCAUGUCUACCCACAUUGUGGCCUGUCUGCUGCUGUACAGACACAGACAGGGGGUGGUGCUGUCAAAGCUAGUGGAAGACUUCUUCAACAUGAAGGAGGAGAUCCUCUCACGGGACUUUGACCUGGGCUUUUCGGGGAACUCGGAAGACGUGGUCAUGCGUGCCCUUCACCUCCUGGGAAACUGUGUCAACGUGACCAGCAGUGCAAAUCGCAAUGGAGAAUUCACUAUCGCACCCAGCCAGACUGUCCCAGCGCUUUUCGAGCUCAACUUCUACAGCAAUGGCCUUUUCCACGUCUUCAUUUCUGAUGCAAUCAUUGCCUGCAGCAUCCUGUCACUGCAGCGAGAGCUUGUCAUGGAAUCAGAGUCUGAUCACAAGUCUGGUGGCCCCAGUAGCCUUCUUAGUCAGGAGAGACUCAUCCGCAAGGCUGCUGGGCUCUCCCACUUCCUUACCAAUGAGGUGGCGGUGGCACCUCCCUGUCAGACUAUUUACCAGGUUUUCCAUGAUGCAGUGACCCGGCUGAUCCAGUAUGGAGUUCUCUACGUAGCAGAGGAGGACCAAGAGGAACUGAGUCCCAGUCCCACAGAGGAACCUUGGACCAAAAAGUUCCCAGAGCCCCUGUCCUGGAGAAGUGACGAGGAGGAUGAGGACAGUGACUUUGGAGAAGAGCAGAGAGAUCGCUACCUAAAGGUGAGCGUUUCCACAGAGCACCAGGAGUUCUUCGUCUUCCUUCAGCGACUGCUCAGCCCUGUGCUGGAGGCCUACAGUGGAGCUGCAAUCUUCGUCCACAGUCUGAGUCAGCCCAUGGUGGAGUCUGACUACACCCAGAAGCUCUUCAGAUACCUGCUCACCCGCACAGAGAGAGGAGUGGCUGCCUAUGGUGAAAGUGCAACUCAUUACCUGGUCAAGAACACAGUGAGGACAUUCGUAGAUCUUGGGGUCCUAAAGGAGAGAAGAGAGAACAAGGUGACCACUCUGGAGCUGAGCAGCACCUUUCUACCUCAGGCCAAUCGGAACAAACUCCUGCAGUACAUCUUAGGUUUCACACUGCUGUGACCGAGACACCUUUCUACCCAACUCAGACCCUGGGCUCCUUCCAACAAAGGGCUUCUACUGGUUACUUCAAAACAAUCCCAGGUGCUACUCUGUGGAAAGCUUUACCAGGAAGUGCCUUCAUGUAAAACCCGCUAACCGUUAGCUGUUAGCCGGAAGAGACUUGAAGCCAGUCUUCCCUUUUUUGUUCCAGUCUAUGACUUCCUGUCUUAGAACUGUGCAGCUGAUAAAACACAUGUAUUGUUAAUUUAAAGAGGUACUUCUAGGAAUCAUCCUCUCUUUGUGAACUUUGCCAGUGACAUCAAGAGGUUUUAAUAUGAUCAAUAUUUUAAACGAUCAGAAAAUAUACUAAAGCAGGUUAGUAAAAUAAGAACCACUUUUACAGCAGUCAGAACAAAACAAGCUGCCUUUCGUCUAUACAAGUUAACAAGCAAAAUAUGCAUAGAAAAUAAUGGUAAUCAUAACCAACAACUAAGAUAUUUUUAUGUUAACUCUGCUUGUUUGUAAAACUGCUGUAUCCUCUCCAGUGCACUCCGUUAACACGCAGUAGAAAACAUGUCAAAAUGUAGUUUGAGAUAAAUAGAUGUAGAUGAAAUUUUGAAAACAAAUUCCUGUACAUAGACCACGAGAGCAAUGUCUUUCGUUUGUAGUGCAUUUAAACACAUGCACUGUGGUGUCAUUGAAUUUAAUGAUAUAGGAAAAUCAGAUGGAACGAUUUGCUGACCCUAGGACAGCAUCCCCGCUAAACGCGUACAUAUCCAAAUUUUCAUAUACAAAAAUAUCUUUAAAAAUCGAAUCCUCCGUACGAACAGUUAAGGUCAGUUAUUCUGCACAGUUACUGGUGAACGAUAUCAAAACAAUAAGCACUAAACCAGUUCAGUUACUCAAUAAUAUUUACUUGGCAAACACAAAAUGUACCUGUUAAAAGUUUGGUGUAGUUGAAGCCUGAAAUCACAGUUAAGUGCAUUCAAACCACUAAUAUCUAAGUGCAUUCAGUUACACAUUUCAUUAUGGGUCCUGAUGGUGAGUGACUAUGGUCUUUGUGUUUGCGCAAAAUUUCACUUUUCAAUGAAUGUUACAUAGCACACACUUAAGAUACUUACCGUAAUACCAGCCGUCACAUCACUUACGUUCAAACGCAACAAGCUCAGAAACUCUUUGGUCGUGCUUUUCAGGGAUCGCAGAGAGUUGGGAUAACCACCAUCUUUUUUUUCCUGCAUAAUGAAAACACUGUAUAAAGCCUUUUAUAGAACCACUGCUGAGAGAGCAAUUUUGUUGUAACAGUUAGGCAUUCAAAAGACAGAGGAACUGUAUACUCCACUGUGUAAUCCGUUCAAACAAUAGGUCAGGUUAGCUGUUAAUGAGAACAAGGUAGUGUUUCUGUUGUACUGUCAAGAAACUUUUUAAAAAAGGAGGAGGUCAUUUUUCUCCUUUGAGCUGUUUACUUUUAAACACAGACUGCUGUGCGAAGCAGUAAAGGUCCAGAAAACAAACUGUACUGUCGUCCUUAAUGGUCAGGUUUACCUUUUUUUCUCUCGGUUAAAAUAAUGUUUGUCUGAAUCUCUCCAAAUCUUAUUCUAAAAAUGUAGUUUAAACACACUUUAAACUACCUGUAAGUAGAUUCUGAUAUAUAUAUAUAUAAUUUUUUUUUUGUUCUAAAAUGCAUGUAAAAAAUAAUUGCAUCAGGCAGGCUGGAAAUAGAAACUGGUAACAGAAUGUGCUGAUGAUGAAAACUAAAAACAUGCCCAAACUACCAAAGUAAAAUGUGAGUAAAGUUAAAAACCUGAUAGUGGAACCUCGCUGACCAGGACCCGUGAAUUUAUCAGUUUUAAUGUAAAAUAACUUAGUAACACGACAGGACUCUUGUUUUAUGUGUUUAUUCUAAAUCAUGGACAUAAAGGUUUAACAUCCUACUUAAUGUUGGUGCAUGUGCUGAUAAGAAAAGGAGGAAGGGCAUGUUUUUGGAAAGGUCAGAGGAGGUCUGAUGAAUCGUUGUCAUGAUUGGAGGAACCCAAAUCUGAGACUGAUAAUGUGAAGACAGUGUGAAUGUUCAGAAAACAACAUUCUUUAUCUGUCAGGGCAAUAAAAUAAAAAUGGGAAUAGGGUGUCUGAUGCUACACAUUUAAAUGAAUAUUUAUACUGAAAGAGCUGGUGGUCUAUGGUCUACACCGCUGCUUGUUGAAAUUAAAUGCUUUUUGUCAGUGUACAGCUUUAGUUAAUAUUAAAACUCUGCAUAUUUUCAUGCAGUUUUUGUUCAAUCUAUGUAUAAAGUAAGUCAGGAGUGGAAAAGGUAACUUGUUUGUGGAUUGGUAAAUGACACCCAUAGCAUGUUGAAGAACAGAAAAGUAUGUUAUUUAAAUGGGAAUGUGAUCAAAAUACACAAAAAUGUGUUCGUGCUGAAACUCACUUCAAUAGUUUUUGAUAUUUUAAGCAUUUCUGAGCCCACAGUCUGUGUAAGUCCCCCACACUGCGGGGACACCUCCGCCAGGACAAAACCACUAUACGUACUGUACUGCAUGUUUCCUCUGGUCGCCUUUAAUCAUCGACUCUUCAAUGUGAACUCUGCUUAACCUGAGAAUUGUAGUUUACAGUCUAGUGUGUGAAUUAUGUUGAAGAGCAAAAUAGUUGCUUGUGUAAGAGAUAAAAUUUGUUACCUCUUGAAUGUAUCUCAUCUGUCCCCGAAAAGGUCAGCGUAAUAUUGUAGAAUACUCGAUAGAGUCGGUACACAUGUGGUAUAGUUUUUAUGAACUGCUCAUGGGGGUUGUUGACACUCAUUACUAUUGAAGCUGCAUUAACAACAUCCCAAUACAACUAUGUACAACUUUGUAGAAUAAAAAAAAACCAUGCCUGUAUCUGGGGAGCAGGUGCCUUUUUAACACACUGUAGUGUUCUUUGGUUGUGUUUUUUUUGUUGUUGUUGUUGUGUUUGUGCAUGUUAAUGGAGAUUAUUUCGUGUAGGGAUCCAAAAGAAAGCUGUAGACUGUAACUUAAAGAAAAACACACACACAAGUGGAGAGAACUUGUGGUUACUGUAAGAAGAAUCACCAGCUACUAAAAAAAGUCACUUUUUUUUUUUUGCUUUCUCAAAGCAAAGCACAAUUGGCAUUAUUAGAUUUUGUUUUUAAAUAAAUUAAUAAUAGAUUAACAAAG